AUGAAGCGCUCACGACGGGCACGUCGAGAUCUUUGUAGGGCUGGUCAUGGUUGUAACCUUGUUACAGUGGUGCAGCGCAGCAAGGCCCCAAGCGACCGCCUUUCCCUUGACAGACAACUGCUCCAUGCAGGAAGUGAAGCCUUACUCCCGGCGAUCAUUAGCCCUAAGCCGAGCAGGUACCGGGCUUGCGCGCUAGUAAUUGCCACUAGGGAUGCAUCGGGUGUCAACAAAAAAAAGGUUGGAAGGCGCAGCCAGCAAUCGAUAAUACCGUGCACAUCAGAAUGUAGUGCAUGGACGAGCAUCACAAUUAAAAGUCCAAAGAGGGUCACUCUUGAAGGGCGUCCCUGCUUAAUCCCAUGUCCAACCAGGAGUUCAGGUCCAAGCCUAAUGCACGCCUUAAUGCAGGCCUUGACUUUAGUGUACCGAGCCUCAAAGGAGCCCAAGGGAACAACAAAGCAGUGUGUGCAUAGGGAGCUAGCGGUUGACGGGUCAAUUGACUCAAAUUCUCCGGCACGCGAGUGGACGAUGAGUCUCGCAACUGCAGUGUUGAACCAGGGUCUUGAGCAGAUGUCCCUUAAGCCGGAAACCAAACAGAGGGUUCGGGCACCAGCACAGCAGCAACAGACGGGGCUUCUUGGAGACUUCACCAAACGCAGCAAAGUAGCCGUGAUCUACAUGUGCUUCGAGCGGAUGGAGAUGAUACACCGAGCCAUUCCUGCCAUCCUCGGCAGCGAGGGCUUGGCCGAGUUUGACUUUUUUAUUUCACAGGAUGGCAGCGCCGCUUCUAUCUUCGAGAAUGGAACCGUGUCCAUCCCCAAAGGCACGCAGUUCGCCUACAUUCGCCAUCCAGCCAACCUUUGCACGGGUCUGCACCAUCACUUUGUCAAGGCUUUCGCUUUCAACAUUAUGGGGUUACGACAUUCUGUUGGUCGUGGAGGAGGACAACAUCAUCUACACCCUCAGGCGCUGCAGGCGCCCGACAUUGACCAGGAGAUACUGGCUUACGGAUUGCUCUGUUGA